AUGUACCAGAGCAUAGCCAUGGCUGCUGCUAACCACGGACCCCCAUCUUAUGAAGGGGCUGGGGGCUACAUGCACGGUGGUGCUACCUCUUCUCCGGUCUAUGUGCCCACCACCAGGGUGUCCACCAUGAUCCCCAACCUGCCUUACCUCCAGAGCAGCGGCCAUUCUCAGCAGGGCAGUCCGGUGUCUGGACACAACAUGUGGGCACAGGCUGGGGCAGAGAGCUCAGCCUACAACCCCGGGACCCCUCACCAGUCGGUGUCUCCCCGCUUCGCCUUCUCCUCCAGCCCCCCCAUUAGCGCUGCUUCCUCCAGAGAGGUGUCCUACAGCAGCCCCCUGGCCAUCUCCGCAAAUGGGAGAGAUCAGUACAGCCGGGGGCUCAGUGCCACCUACAGCAGCCCCUACCCAGCCUAUGUCACCCAGGACAUGAGUGCCGCCUGGACUGCCUCCCCCUUCGACAGCUCCAUGCUUCACAACCUACAGAACAGGGCAGGACCCGGCGCCCCCCGACACCCCAAUAUAGAGUUUUUCGAUGAUUUUUCUGAGGGGAGAGAAUGCGUCAACUGUGGAGCCAUGUCCACCCCUCUGUGGAGAAGGGAUGGUACGGGCCACUACCUGUGCAAUGCCUGUGGGCUUUACCACAAGAUGAACGGAAUCAAUCGCCCAUUGAUCAAGCCUCAGCGAAGGCUGUCCGCCUCCCGCCGCGUCGGUCUCUCCUGUGCCAACUGCCAUACCACCACCACCACCCUGUGGCGCCGCAAUGCAGAGGGGGAGCCUGUGUGCAACGCCUGUGGACUCUACAUGAAACUUCACGGUGUACCCAGACCGCUGGCAAUGAAGAAAGAAGGCAUACAGACAAGGAAACGUAAACCGAAGAACCUCAGCAAGGCUAAAACUCCCUCAGGACCAAACGGCACCGAUAACCUCACUCCUUCCACCAGCUCCACCAACUCCACGACUGCAGAGGACCUGCGCCCCAUCAAGAUUGAACCUGGACUGUCUCCUCCAUAUGGACACUCUAUUUCUCUAUCUCAGGCAUCUCCACUAUCUACCAUUACCAGCCACGGAUCGUCCAUCUAUUCAAUGGCAGGCCUUAAACUCUCUCCGCAGACCCACCACUCAAUCAACACAUCUCCGCAAGUCAGCUCCAAACACGACUCCUGGAAUAACCUGGUGUUAGCGUGA